AUGGACGCCAGGUCAGCCACACAUUCCACAGAGAACUCUCUGGAAAACUUACUACGAGAACUGACGCAUCGCAAAGAUGACGCCAAUGUCAUCAAGUUCACCUCUCAGGAGGACUCCACCUCGAUGCUGAUGGCAUCAGCCAACACAACAGGAGCAAGGGCAAAUGGUGACUCCACAGAGGGAGAACACCCCACCAAGCUUGUCAUGAUCUUGACGUUGGCCUCAUCCAUCUCAGGUUUCAUGUUCGGUUACGACACAGGUUACAUUUCAGCUGCUUUGGUUAAUGUGGGUACCGACUUGUCAAACAAGAUCUUGAACUCGCAGGAAAAGGAACUUAUCACAUCGGCUACCUCCUUGGGUGCUUUGAUCGGCGCUCUCUUGGGUGGUGUGGGCGCCAACUUGAUCGGUAGAAAGCGUGUGCUCAUGGGCUCUAAUGUUAUCUUCGUCGUGGGCACUAUCAUCCAGCUCGUGGCCAAACAUGUCUGGACCAUGAUUUCCGGUAGAUUUGUCUUGGGUCUUGGUGUCGGUAUUGCAUCACUUAUAGCACCACUUAUGUUGAGUGAGUUGGCACCUUCCAAGUAUAGAGGUCGUUUGAUCGUUACAAACUGUAUUUUUAUUACAGGCGGCCAGUUAGUGGCAUACUUCAUCAACUGGGGAUUAACUGAUGUCAACGGUGGUUGGAGAGUUUCCGUGGGUUUGUGCAUGCCGCCAGCUGUCAUUCAGCUGGCUCUCUUUUUGUUCUUGCCAGACACGCCUAGAUACUACGUCAUCAACGGAAACUACGAAAGAGCAAGAGAAGUUUUGAAGAAGACUCACAGCGAUUCAUCCGAAGCUCACAUUGAUGCUCUUUUGGAUGACAUGAUCCAUUCCAACUCAACCGUCCCAGGUGGCCCAAUCUCGCAGAUCUGGAACUCCAUCAAAGUCAUUCACUCGAAGCCAGCCAAUUUCCGUGCGCUUAUUUUGGCGUGUGGUUUACAGGGUAUUCAGCAAUUCACUGGUUUCAACUCCUUGAUGUAUUUCAGUGCUACAAUUUUCAAAACCAUUGGUUUCGAGAAUGCCACAGCCGUGUCUAUCAUCAUUGCAGCCACUAACUUCGUGUUUACACUUAUCGCUUUAUGUAUCAUUGACUUUGUCGGCCGUCGUCGUAUCCUUCUUUUUGCCAUUCCUGGUAUGUGUGCUGCUCUUGUGAUUUGCGCGAUUGCAUUCCAUUUCUUGGGAGUCAAGUUUGGUGAUAACGAUGAGGUGGUUGUUGAAACUACCGGUAUCACUGGUUGGGGAAUUGUCAUCAUUUUGGGUAUGGUCUUCUAUGUGGCUUCGUACGCCAUUGGUAUCGGUAACAGUGCCUGGACCGGUGUUGAGCUUUUCUCGGAUGUUAAUGUGAGAUCAGUGGGAGGCAUGUACGCUGCAGCUACCAAUUGGGCUGGCUCCUUGGUGAUUGCAUCAACUUUCUUGACGAUGCUUGAAAGAAUCACGCCACCCGGAACAUUUGCCUUCUUCGCGGCUUUGUGUUUUGUCUCUUUCAUCUUUGUCUUAUUCUUACUUCCAGAGGUUGCGGGCUUGAAGUUGGAGGAAACUACCAAGCUUCUCGAAGGUGGUUUUAAUGUGAGAGCUGCAAGAAAAUUGUCCAAGGAGAGAAAAAAGCUUGCGAGACUUGCGCAGGACCCGGAGAGCACUGAGGUCUAA